CGCCUUUCAGCCCAGUAGGGCGUCCGCCUGCCAGUCGGCUCCUGGGCCCAUGCUGCCGGGCGGCGGCGGGGUGCAGCGACUCCCGGGAACCCUCCGUCCGUCCAUCCACCCGGCCAGCAGACCCAGCGGUAGACAUGAUGAACAUCAAGGCCUUCACCUUGGUCUCUGCGGUGGAGCGGGAGCUGCUGAUGGGUGACAAAGAGCGCAUCAAGGUCGAAUGCGUGGAGUGCAGCGGCCGGAACCUCUACGUGGGCACCAACGACUGCUUCAUUCACCACUUCCUGCUAGAGGAGAAGACUUUGCCCUCAGGGACGGCGGCCUUCACGGCCACCAAGCAGCUGCACAGACACCUGGGCUUCAAGAAGCCCGUGAACGAGCUGCGGGCGGCUUCGGCCCUCAACAGGCUGCUGGUACUGUGCGACAACUCCAUCACCCUGGUCAACAUGCUGAGCCUGGAGCCCGUGCCCUCGGGCGCCCGCAUCAAGGGGGCCACAGCACUGGCUCUGAACGAGAACCCUGUGAGCGGGGACCCGUUCUGCGUGGAAGUGUGCAUCAUCUCUGUCAAACGCAGGACCAUCCAGCUGUUUCUUGUGUACGAGGACCGAGUCCAGAUCGUGAAGGAGGUGUCCACCCCGGAGCAGCCCCUGGCCGUGGCUGUCGACGGCCACUUCUUGUGCCUGGCUCUGACCACACAGUACAUCAUCCUGAACUAUAGCACUGGCCUGUCGCAGGACCUGUUCCCCUACUGCAGUGAGGAGAAGCGGCCCAUCGUUAAGAGGAUAGGCAGACAGGAGUUCCUGCUGGCUGGCCCCGGAGGCCUAGGCAUGUUCGCCACCGUGGCAGGGAUAUCCCAGCGUGCCCCCGUGCACUGGGCGGAGAACGUCAUCGGGGCAGCCGUUUGCUUCCCGUACGUCAUAGCGCUCGAUGACGAGUUCAUCACAGUCCACAGCAUGUUGGAUCAACAGCAGAAACAGACGCUGCCCUUUAAGGAAGGCCACAUCCUACAGGACUUCGAAGGAAGAGUGAUCGUUGCCACAAGUAAAGGAGUCUACAUCUUGGUUCCAUUACCUCUGGAAAAACAAAUACAGGAUCUACUAGCAAGCCGAAGAGUGGAGGAGGCUUUGGUUUUAGCCAAAGGAGCCCGGAGGAACAUUCCCAAAGAAAAAUUUCAGGUCAUGUACAGAAGGAUUCUGCAGCAGGCGGGCUUCAUCCAGUUUGCACAACUCCAGUUCCUGGAAGCUAAAGAGCUCUUCAGAAGCGGCCAGCUUGACGUCCGGGAGCUGAUCUCUCUCUACCCCUUCCUGUUGCCCACCUCCUCUUCAUUCACUCGGUCCCACCCUCCUCUUCAUGAGUACGCAGACCUGAACCAGCUGACCCAGGGGGACCAGGAGAAGAUGGCCAAGUGCAAACGCUUCCUCAUGAGCUACCUGAACGAAGUCCGCAGCACAGAGGUGGCCAACGGCUACAAGGAGGACAUCGACACGGCUUUGCUCAAGCUGUAUGCGGAGGCUGACCACGACAGCCUGCUGGACCUCCUGGUCACCGAGAACUUCUGUCUCCUGACGGACAGCGCUGCCUGGCUGGAGAAGCACAAAAAGUAUUUUGCACUUGGACUUCUCUAUCAUUACAACCACCAAGAUGCUACAGCAGUCCAGCUGUGGGUGAACAUCGUGAACGGGGACAUCCAGGACUCGACACGCUCGGACCUGUACGAGUACAUCGUUGACUUUCUCACCUACUGCCCCGACCGAGAGCUGGUGUGGACCUACGCCGACUGGGUCUUGCAGAGAAGCGAGGAGGUUGGAGUUCAAGUUUUCACCAAGAGACCUUGGGAUGAACAGCAGAAGAACAGUUUUAAUCCAGAUGAUAUUAUCGAUUGCCUUAAAAAAUACCCUAAAGCCCUCGUUAAAUAUCUGGAACAUCUUGUUAUUGACAGGAGACUGCAGAAAGAAGAGUACCACACCCACCUGGCAGUCCUCUACCUGGAGGAGGUGCUGCAGCAGAAGGCGGCCACCGACAGCCAGGGCUUGGAGCCCACAGAGACACAGACCAAGCUUCGGCACCUGCUCCAGAAGUCCGACUUGUAUCGAGUCCACUUCGUGAUAGAGCGGAUCCAGGGCGCCGGCCUGCCCGUGGAGAGGGCCAUCCUCCACGGGAAGCUGGGCGAGCACGGCAAAGCCCUGCACAUCCUCGUGCACGAACUGGGGGACUUCUCGGCGGCCGAGGACUACUGCCUGUGGAGCUCCGAGGGCCAGGACGCGCCCUGCCGCCGGCACCUCUUCCACACGCUGCUCGCCAUGUACCUCCGCGCCGGCCCCUCUGCCCAGGAGCUGACCGUGGCGGCCGUGGACCUGCUGAACCGCCACGCCACGGAGUUCGACGCCACGCAGGUGUUGCAGCUGCUGCCCGGCUCCUGGUCGGUGCAGCUGCUCUGCCCGUUCCUGACCGGGGCCAUGAGGGACAGCGUCCACGCCAGGAGGACCGCGCAGGUGGCUCUCGGCCUGGCCAGGUCGGAAAACUUGAUCUACACGUACAAUAAGAUGAAGUUGAAAGGAAGUGCAAUCUGGCUCUCAGACCAGAAGCUUUGCCAGCUGUGCCAGAAUCCCUUUGGCGAGCCUGUGUUUGUCAGAUACCCAAAUGGAGGGCUCGUGCACACCCACUGUGCCACCAACAGACACACGACUCCCAGCUCACCCAGUCCUGGCACCCGGACUUGAAAAAUUGGGCUCAAGCACGCAAGGGGGACUCCGAGUUCUUUUCUAAGCCUGCUGGACAUAAAGAGCAGAUAGCUGCCGUGCUUCAGGCCAGCAGGAUGAAGGGGAGGCACCCGGGUGCUGGGGACACGUCGGUCCCUGUGAAACAGGGACACCUCACUGCUGAUCGCUCUUGGUAUGAAUGUAAAUGGAAAUCCCUGAGAAUCCCGAAAGUAGACCAGAGUUCACCUGUCCAGAUACACAGUCACCCAGAACGAAGAUCUCCUUUGAAAGAAAAGGGAGUCUUCCCCGGGCGGUCGAGACGGGUGAGAGAGCCCUCCUGAGACACAGGCGGGCGCUGGAAAGGUGUUGCGUGGUCUUCAGGCAAAGCCCUCUCCUGCCUGCACAUGCUCAGGGCACGGAGCCCUGAGGUAGGCACCUCGCUGUCCUCCACGGGAGCAUUGUCCAUCCACGCAGGCUCUGCCUUUGCCCCUCCAAAUGGCCAACCUUGUUUCAUCAUCCCAUCCAGCUCCCAACCCCCAAAAGGUUCUGUUCUGUUUACUCUCAACAGUCACUUUGGGUAAACUCCUGUGCUUCAGACUGCCUAGCAAAGGGAGAUCUUUUUAGAAAUUGAUAAAGAUCCAAGAGAGAAGCUGUUUUGCCCAUUCUGAAGUGGGCAGGGGAAGCCCUAGGUGUUGGGGACCCAAAGACAGGUUCCUUUGCAGACGCAUCACCUGCUGAUUGGAAACCCCCUGAUGGACAGGUUCCACUGAACGUUUUUAUUUGAAUUCAUAGCAUCUUUGCAGUUUCUCUCUCACUGAGAAAUUCAUCCGUCAUGUUCAUUAGGGCUAUUUUUUUUUUCUUAUGAAAGCAUACCUCCUACUGAAAACUUGAGAAAUGAAAAGGGAAACGUGAGGAACUAAACCUAGCGUGCUUUUCAAGAGACAGGCUGGUCUUCACAGCGCACCCUCAGCAGGGCAGCCCGUGGGCACAACAGCUUCUGCCCUGGAGGGAGGCGCCCUUGCUCCCGACAGGUGCUUCUGAAGAUCUUCCAAGGGGUCCAGCCAGGCUAUCUUACCUGCCAGCACUUUCCAUGCCUGCCCUGAGACUUCCUGGACCUGCAGAAGGAAGGUCUCUCAUCCAGAGCCGUCUGGGGAUUCGUUUUGUGCUUUGGCUGUCACCUCUUCACUGCCUCUUUCGCAUUUCGUCCGAGGGCUGACCUCUGCUGGGAAGAACUUCCACGAAGAUGACAUACCCCCAUCCGUGAUGUUUGGGAAACAGGGCUCCGCUGGUGCCUGCGACAGGAGGACCGUGGAACACACCCUUUCUUCAUUAGCCUGGGCCUUCCCGAGGCGAAUAAAGAGCUUACUCUCCGUUCUCUAAAAAAUGUUUGUUGUGCUAAUAAUGAUCACGGUAUUUUUUUUUUUUUUUUUUUUUCCUUUUGGGAUUCUGCGUGAGCCAGGAAGCAAAAGCAUCCGUGUGUUGUUUGGGGAACUGACAUCUUUUUUUCCUAACCAUGUUUCAAUUAUCUAAAGAAUAAACAUUGGAGAAAUUCUCCUGUGGCUCGAGUGUGUGCUGUGUAAAGUGGUCUGACUUCCAAGGUCACGCCAGGUCAUGAGCAUCAGCUCCUGGAUGACUGCCAAGGAACUCAUCACCUUGUCGCGUGGGUUAUGGCUACCACCUGUGAGUUGGGGUUUGCAUUCCCCCAAGAGCAAGCUACCUGUACAUGCAGCAUUAUACUUUAAAAAACACUGUUUUCUCUGUACACAAAAUGGGUACCAUCUUGGAAAAGGCUUGGGAUGGCUCACUCCUAACUUGGGGACACUAGUCUCUCUUUUUCUCCCCCUCUGAAGCUUGAUUGAUAUUUUGAAAUGCCUGCCCUUCUUUCCAAGAAUAAGAGCUACACUGGGCAGUUUCCCAUCUCUACUGAAUCCUUUAACAGGAGCGGAAUAACAUGACAACAUGCGGAAUCGUCUUGUAUAUUAAGAACUGUGUUCUCUAACCCUCCUCACACUCUCCCCAGGUCCUUUUCUUAAAUCCUAUUUUUAAGACAAAUACAUGGUUCUUUCUAACAGGCCUGCUGUUUUGUGACUGCCAUUGAAUAGAGCAAUUAGAACUGUCACUCAGACCUUUUCCCUGUCAUUAGGUGCAGCGUAACCAUUCUAGUUAAAACAGCAUGAACAGAACUCAAUUUGCAUUAAUAUUCUGUGGGCAGUACUGUUUAAGUCUAUGGACUGUUUAUCUGCCAUUGCCUAUCAAGUAUUAAUGUAGGAGUGUCAUGUCAGCUGUGGGGCACUGGGCCUGAGCUCCGAGGUGGGAAGUUUGGUGAGCACAUGGAGGUGUCUGUGGGGUUAUGUUGUCACACAGAUGUCUCUUGCACAGCUGGGGGUAGCCCUUGCUUUUUGCUUGCUGUCCCAUGGAACCCUUUGUCCUUGCAACUUUAUCCUUCUCCCCUGACUGGGUCCCAGAUACACAUGAUGUACAAAUGUAAACAUGUUGAUUUUAUUAAAAUUCUUUUAAUUCAU